UAGUUAUUUUAGCUUCAUUGAACAAGAGUUGCACAAUGUCCAUAAGCAAUAAAGCAAUUUACCCAAAAGCAACCGUAUAAUUUACUACUAAUUGAGCCAAGAACCCCCUUAGAAAAAAUGCUAUAAAAGAAUGCAUUGGAGCAGCUCCUUCAGCAGUUUCACUUUCGCCCUUCAAAAUGCAGAACAUACUGGAUCAGGAGUUGCAGCUGAUUGACGACUUGCCCAAGCCAGGACUCACCUGGGUGGAAUACAGCGCCUACGCAUUGGGAAUUAACGUAGCGCCAAGGAAACGCAGUUCGCGGCCCUGCGGUUUUCUACGAGUAUUUGCUUUGCUGGUGAAUUUAAGUAUAAUAUAUAGCCUCAUUCAAUUCAUUAUGGAAAAUUACACGGUGUCCUUUGAAGCUUAUGUAGAGGCUGUUCUACUUUCGUUUCAGCUUUCGGUGGGAUUAGUAAAAAUGAUGUACUUUCACAAUUAUAUGGAUUCCUGUGCGGAACUUGUAUACACCACCGAAACAGGCGAUGUGCUCAAGAACUUGGGACUGUUUGAAUUGGAUUUACCCAAUAAGCGGAUAUUACGCAAAUCACUGGGUUCCAUAUUAUCCAAAAACUGGCAAGAUAUUGAUCGCCAGGUCAUGUUCUUUUUCAAGAUUGUCUGCAUGCCUGUGCUGUACUAUACAAUGCGACCCUACUUUCAAUACGUCUACGAUUGUUACAUAAUACACGACACUUGUGAGAUGACUUUAACUUAUCCAGCAAUUGUGCCCUUUAUAAAGCUGGGCAAAUACGAGUUUCCCUCGUAUUCCGUUCGUUUUUUCCUGCUGCAGUCUGGACCCUUUUGGUGUUUCUUUGCUGUCUUUGGCUUCAACAGUCUGUUUGUUGUGCUCACCAGAUACGAGGCGUGUCUUAUAAAGAUUCUACGUUAUUUGGUGCAACACUCUACAUGCGAUUCGGUGGUUCCCAAGUCUUUAAGAGUGCCUUAUUUACGCUGCUGUGCUCGACUCUUUGCACGUAUCUCAAGACAUCAUGCCCAAAUCGAGAACCUCUUCAAAUAUAUCAUUCUCGUUCAAUGCGUCAUUAGCAGCAUCUUGAUAUGCAUGUUGCUUUAUAAGAUCAGCACUAUUAUGGAAGUGGGCUGGGUUUGGAUGGGCAUGAUUAUGGUCUAUUUGGUAACUAUAACUCUUGAAAUCAGUUUGUACAAUGUCAAUGCGCAAAAAGUGGAAACGCAGAGCGAGUUACUCUUCUACGAUUGGUAUAACUGUGCCUGGUAUAAUGAAUCCGAAGACUUUAAGUUCAUCAUCAAGCUGAUGCUGAUGUUCUCAAGAAAAACGUUUGUGCUUAGCGUGGGCGGAUUUACCAAUUUGUCACACAAGUUUCUGGUGCAGGUCUUUCGCACCAGUGGAAAUUUCUUUCUACUGUUGAGAAAUAUGAAUAACAAAUAAGCAUAAAUUACAUUUAUAGAUUACAACGUUGGAAAACUUUUAUUAAUCGUAUUUUUAAGGUAAAUCGACUUAAACACAGUGAAAAUAUUGUAAUUGGCACAUUAAACGUAGAUGAAAAAUAUGUUAAUAUAUGUACGUAAUAGAGUAGAAUAGUUUUGGGAUAUAUAUUUAGAGAAAUGCAAUUGAUUCGGAGAGGAUUGCUUGAGGGAAUUGUACACGGCACAGUUUUCAAUAUAUAAUACAGUCGUCCAUGGCUGGCUUGAAUUUAAAGCACAAUUGGCAGUUAAGAACAUUUUGAAGUUGGGCAUCAUGCUUCGAUAUAAUCAAUGAUGUAUAUGACUGAUGCAUUAAAGCUUAACAUUUCUUAGUUUUGUUUAUCUUGUUUCUCAUUUGUCGUUUUGUUUUUUGUUUUUGUUUCUCUUCUUUUACUAAACACAAUAUUUCAGCUAUAAGACUAAAACUCUAUAAUUUCAUUCAACGGCUAAGGGCUAAUUCGAUUUGCGAUAUGCGAUUUCCGAUUUCGACUUUGAUUUGUUCGUCUUCGCCUGGUACUUAGAUGUUAAUUGAAGUAGUUGGUAGUUGGUAGUGCAUUCAUUAUUUUAAUUAGUGUAGAUGAGUCUACGGCUCUAGACGAUUGCGUCUAAAGCAACCUGCGGGCAGUGCUUCUGAUAUUUGGCGAAUGUUUGCCACCUCGUUCUCCAGAUCGAUCAGUUCGUCACCAUAUUUAUCGAUCAGUUUCUUUUGUAUAUUGCGCUGUUCUCGAUACUUUUCGAUGCGUCCCGUUAGAUUCACGCGAUUGAUAUCGCUCUCCACCACACUCAGACGAUUCUC